AUGCCUGCAAAAACAGUACUGGUUACAGGAGCCAACGGCUUCAUCGGAUAUGCUGUGUGCAGGGCUUUUGCAUUGGCUGGCUGGACAACGUAUGGCUUGAUGCGUAGCGACAGAAGCAUCCCCGAACUACUGAAGGAGGAAAUCAUUUCCAUCAUCGGAAGUGCCGCCGAUCCAGCAUUUGUCGCAGAUUUGCCUCCCAUCGACGUCGUCGUCUGCUGCUCUGGUGACCCUUCUAACUUUGGCGCCCAUUUCAAGGAGAUGACCUCCUUGAUCCAGAUUCUCAGUAAAGUUGCGCAAAGCAAAGGUCACGGCAAACCACUGGCGAUCAUCAGCUCAGGUUGCAAAGAUUAUGGGAUGACCCCCAGGCACGGUGAUCCAAGCCUCGCACCGCACACUGAAGAAAGUCCUCUGAACUUCCCGGCCAUAUUGGGCGAACGUGCAAUCGGCGCUCUGGACAUGAUGAAGUACACAGAUGAUUUCGACUGUGUCGUCACGCGUCCGACUACACUGUAUGGCCGCUCGAGUAGCUUUUACGGAUUCAUGUUCCUUCUUGCCGAACAGGCAAAGAGCAACUCUGACGGUGUAUUGUCGAUCACAUCAGAUGCCAACGCCAUCUGUCACGGCACACACGUCGACGACGUCGCUGCUGCCUAUGUCGCCAUUGCCGAGGCUCCGAGGGCCGUGGUGGCAGGGCAGGCAUACAACAUCUCUAGCCACCGGUACGAGACGUUGGGUGAGAUCGUGGCCGCCAUGGAAAAGGCACACGGUAUCAAAGUGGAAUAUGUAGAUUCAGACGGCGUCGACAAGGACUCGUACGCGAUCAAUGCUCUGUUCAACUUUCCACAAUGGGUCGGCUCGGAGAAGAUCCGAGAACACACGGGCUGGAAGGACAAGAAGCCUUUGUUCCAUGAAGGGUACGACGUAUACCGCAAAGCGUAUGAGGAGGCAGCCAAGGCUAAGACGGAACAGUACGAGAGAAUCAUGCGUAUGGCCGUUGGGAGGUUUGGGCUCAAGGACUAG